AUGGCCCAAGUUGCAUCUGGCAGCGCCAAGCAGAAGGCCAUGUGGAGAUGGGUUAAUGUCUCCAAUCUCGACAACUUCAUCACAGAUGUCUAUGAUUAUUAUCAAGGUGACGGACUUUGGUGCAUCCUGCUGGAGCGACUUCUCCACCUCGUCAUUCUUGACUUCGUGUUCGACGAGCAGGGACAAGUCAACCAAGAAUUCUUGAAAGCCGAUCGGCGUGGCCAGUUGAGUCAAAAGCUGAAAGCCCGGUUCAUGUUCGCAGGAUUUAUGAACCUGAUUCUGGCUCCUUUCCUUACGGCUUAUCUCAUCAUUGUUUACUUCCUCACUUACUAUAAUGAAUAUCAGAAGAACCCUUCAGCCCUCAAUGCUCGUAACUACACGCCGCUCGCUGACUGGAAGUUCCGGGAAUUCAACGAGCUACCGCAUCUGUUUAGGGAACGCCUUAAUAUGUCGUACCCAUUUGCAACGCGAUACAUCGAUCAGUUUCCCAAAGUCAAGAUGGAGCGACUGGCCAGAACUAUUGCAUUUAUCGCCGGUGCAGUGGUCACCGUGUUGGCUAUUGCCUCGCUUAUUGACCCGGAAAUGUUCCUCAGCUUCGAAAUAACACAUGAUAGGACCGCCUUGUUCUAUAUCGGUAUUUUCGGCAGUGUAUGGGCUUUCGCUCGUGGCAGCAUCACAGAUGACGACAGUGUCUUUGACCCCGAGUACGCCCUCCGCCAGGUGAUCGAGUAUACGCACUAUCAACCUGAUCAUUGGCAAGGCCGUUUGCACAGUUUCGAUGUUAAGAAGGAGUUCGCCGACCUCUACAAGAAUAAAAUAGUCAUAUUUGUUGAGGAGAUACUCAGCAUCCUUAUCACGCCACUCAUCCUGAUUGCAAGCCUGCCAAAGUCCAGCGAUCAGGUAAUUGACUUCUUCCGAGAGUUUACUAUUCAUGUGGAUGGGUUAGGCGGCCGAGAUGCAGACCUCUAG